AUUUAAAUUUUCUUUAUUUUUUUUAAAAAUCUUAUUCUUAUUGUCAUAAUAAUUAAGCUAAUAAAAUGGCUUUCAACAAUGGAACCCAGCAAAAGUGUAAGGCUUGUGAUAAAACUGUUUACAUUGCAGAAAUGGUAUCUCCCGGGGGAGUUCCUUAUCACAAUAUUUGUUUUAGGUGCUCCCAAUGUAAUGGCAGACUUGCGUUGAGCAAUUAUUCAUCAAUGGAUGGAGUGUUGUAUUGCAAGCCGCAUUUUGAACAAACCCUAAAAGAGAAGGGGUGCAUGUUACUCCUAUUUAUUUAUAGUUUUAUAGAAAAAAAAUCUUAUAUCUUAAUGCAGGCAAGGACCCCUAGCAAACUGUCUUCAGUAUUUUCUGGCACCCAAGAAAAGUGUGCAACAUGCAACAAAACUGUAUACCCCUUGGAGAAGGUAACUGUGGAUGGGUAUUACUUUCACCAAAAUUGCUUCAAGUGCUCUCAUGGAGGAUGCAAGCUCACAACCUCUUCUUAUGCUGCAUUGGAUGGACUCCUCUAUUGCAAGCCUCACUUCUCUCAACUAUUCAAAGAAAAGGGUAGUUAUAAUAAUCUCAACAGAAGUACCUCUGGCAAAAAGAGCAGUGGAGCUCAGGAAGUUGUCGACACUGACGAGCUCAAGCCAGAGGAUUCACAGAGCGACAUUGUCGGUGGAACCGAUGAUGCUCCCGCUAUUUAAAGAAAAAAAUGUUUAAAAAAUAGUGAGAUUUAUUAUGAGACGAUGAAUUUUGAAGGCAUUCUUUUUGGUUGAUUCCUUUCUUUUUGUAUUUUUUAUUUUUAUAGAAAAUUAAAAUUCAAAUAUAGAUUACAAUAUCAUUGUUUGAGGAUGAUGGACUUCAAUCCACCAGAUAUUUUAUUAUGUUAAUAUGAGAAUUAUGAAUAAUAUUUAGAGAAGAUUGGUUAUAAUAAGAUGACUUGUGUUAG